AUGGCGUCGGACCACGGCAGGCCUUCUACCGACCGCUCUCGUGGCGACUACGCGGGCUCUGACUCGGGCUACCCAUCCGACAAGAACUGGCAGAAUGGAGGAUCAAGAACACCAGAUAGUACAUAUCGUCUAAAACCUACCACGUCUGGCUCCAGCAUGCCUGGAUCUUUUCCCGGUGCCUGGGGUGAUGAGCAACCGCCCCGCAAGAGCGGGGAGAGGAAUCGAUCGCGACAAAGAAAUGGGCGCACCGCCAGUGGCCAGUUGAGGAUUUGCAAAAAGUGCGGAGAGCCAUUAACUGGCCAAUUUGUGCGAGCCCUUGAUGGCACCUUUCACCUGGAUUGCUUUAAGUGUCGAGACUGUGGUGAGAUUGUGGCAUCGAAGUUCUUUCCCGCCCAUGACGAGAAUGGCGACGGACCUUACCCCCUCUGCGAGACAGAUUAUUUUAGAAGACUAGGCUUGCUCUGUUACCAAUGUGGGGGAGCCUUGAGAGGAUCCUACAUCACUGCGUUGGACCGAAAGUAUCAUGUCGACCAUUUUACCUGUUCACUUUGCUCUACCGUUUUUGGAGCCCAGGAUAGCUACUAUGAGCACGAUGGCAACGUCUACUGCCACUACCACUACUCGACUCAGUUUGCACAGCGGUGCAACGGUUGCCAAACGGCCAUUUUGAAGCAAUUCGUUGAGAUAUUUCGCAAUGGUCAAAACCAGCAUUGGCAUCCUGAGUGUUACAUGAUUCACAAGUUUUGGAAUGUCCGUCUCGGACAACCGAGCGACACGCCAGAUGAGCCGCCACCAGAACCAAAGGAUGACGCUGCCAGAGAAUUAAUUCGAGUUGAAGAAGAGCGCAUGGAAGAAAAGGUUUACCGCAUCUGGAGUGUUCUGUCGACGUUUGAAGAGUCCUCCGCGGCGUGUAUCUCGGAUAUGCUCCUCCACGUCAGCAAUGGAGCCUACGUUGAUGGUGUACUUGUUGCAAAGCGUUUCAUUUGGCAUGUUGAGAUUCUCUUUCAGUCGGCAGAUAGACUCGACCAGAUGGUACUAUCGCACAGUGAAAAAGGUCUUUCAUAUGGGCGUGAAGCCAAACUUCUCUGCAAAAAGAUUGUCUCAUUCUUUUCGUUACUGUCAAAAACGCAAGACACAACGGUCCGAAAACUCGGGGUGACGCAAGAACUGUUGUCCCUCGUUACUGGAUUAGCUCAUUAUCUCAAGCUCUUGAUCAGGAUUUGCCUCCAGGGAGCGCUGCGGCUUGAACGCGAUAAUGGAGUUUUUGAUGGACUGGAUCAACUUUUGAACGACCUCAACGACUUUGAGACGUACAAGACUGACGAAAACUUGAUGCAAACAACGAUGGGAGGUGCAAAUCUCUCCGCCAAAGACUCAGAUCAUUGUGCGUAUUGCAAACGGUCGGUUGAGGAUGAGUGUGCAAAGAAUGGCGAGUUGCGAUGGCACCUUGCUUGCGUUAAAUGCGGCAGAUGUGGGAAAGAGUUGGGAAGAACCCUGGACGAGGCGCGCCACAACGCAUUUGAUGGCAAAAUUUAUUGUAGCAACUGCGUUGCAGUUAAUACUGACGGGGCAUUGCCAUUUGAGCAUAUAACAAAACUCGGGCAAUACGUUUUUCUGCUCAAGGUUGCCCUGGCUCGACUAUUAGAUAUCCUUCGAAGCAAUGGCACGUUACCGUAUACGAUGGAAGAAAUUCAAGCCGCCGCCAACAACAAGCUAGGAACGCCACCGUUCCUUGCAUCAGAUGUAAGGUCAAAGUCAUAUGCGGGAAGUGGGGAGAAGGACAACAGCAGCCACCGAGAAUCAACCUAUGAAAACACACUGAAUGAAGUUCGACGUCUGCGAAGUACCCGUCUUGAUCGACAUUUAUCAACAAGUGUUCGCCAGGCACGUUCCUCUCGUGUUAUGGAUGCGGAUGGGAAAGGACCACGGCCGAGCUCAGCUGGCGCUGACGAACCAAGGAACGACUUGCAGGGCUCGACCGACUUAAUGUUUGGACAAAACGAUGCCAUUACGCUAGAUGACAUUCCUCGCAUCGUUGCUGUUGAGCAAUCCCGCGAGCAGCAACAGCAGCGCGACCGAGACGCCCGUCAGGAUCCGUUCCGUGGUCCUGGUGCCGAUGGUAUGCGACCCCCAGGACACCAAAGAACGCAGUCCGCCAGUAGAGAUCCUGAUAUGCGUGCUGCGGAAGCCAUACCGACCCGAAUGGUUCGCAAGUUCUUUCCGGAACUUUCCGCCCUCGAGUACUUCAAUGUGCGCCAUUUGGCGGUGUUGACAAUGCAUCCACUUGUCGAGCAUGAGUUUACACUGGACGAGCUACUGAAUUUUAUCGAGUCCCGAAAACAACCAACAUUUUGGAAGAACCUGGGCAAGGCAUUCAAAAAUGACAAGAACAAGAGUGUCAAAAAGAAGGGCGUUUUUGGAGUCCCUUUGGAGAUUAUUAUCGAACGGGAUGGUGCCGAUUCCACCGAUGGCGUCGGUCCUGGCACGUUGCGCAUUCCUGCAAUUGUAGAUGAUAUCAUUGCAUCAAUGCGUAAGAUGGACCUGUCGGUAGAGGGUGUAUUCCGAAAGAACGGCAAUAUCAAAAAGCAGGGUGCAAUGGUCGAAAAGAUCAACCAAGAGGGCUGUGACGUUGUUAAUUUCAUGGAGCAACCUGUGGUUCAACUGGCAGCAUUGCUGAAGCGAUAUCUUCGAGAUCUGCCUGAUCCAUUGAUGACGCACAAGCUGUAUAGCCUCUGGAUCACAGCAGCAAAACUCCCCGAUCUAGAAAGGAGAAAGCAGUGCCUUCACUUGACUUGCUGUCUUCUGCCAAAGAGCCACCGCGAUAGUCUUGAAAUUUUGUUCACCUUUUUGAAAUGGGCUGGGUCGUUCCACCAGCUCGACGACGAGGUUGGAUCCAAGAUGGACAUUAGGAAUCUCGCUACGGUUAUCGCGCCGAAUAUUCUAACGAACCCUACCAAGCUUCCGGCUUUGGACAGCGAAGCUAUAUAUGUCAUUGACGCUGUGGAAAUGCUCAUUGCGAAUAUCGAGGAAAUGUGCCAGGUACCAGAUGAUUUGUUGACAUUACUCAACGAUCCUUAUAUCUUCAGCAACAGCGGGGAAAUUACGACAAAGGAAAUUCUCAAGAGAUUUCAGGAUCGGAGGGAUCAAAUGCCGGUGGCCGAGAUCAGCGAAGUUUAUAACAGACCUGACGUGUCUACCCGAUCUCCUCCAAAACGAGUGGACACUGAUCCUUCCAUAUGGCAAGGCGAGAGAACAGUUCGCCGAGUCCAGGAUCCGUCCGCUCCUCCUAUCAACUCAGGACAGGGCACACCGCCACAAAGAUGGCCUGCACCAGGAGAACACCAACACCCUCGGGGACCGUACGAUCCCAGGUUUAACCAUUCAGACAGUCAUAUAGACAGCCCAGAUUCCCAGCGAGGCGACUGGCGCAACUCGGGCUGGGGUCGUCGAGGCGGCGGCCUCGGCGUUGGGGGGAAUUCAUGA